UUUCAUUUAUUUACUUUUUAAAAGAUUUAAUUAUUCAAAUCUUUAAAUCUCUUAAAACCCUCACUUUGUAGAACUCUCUAGAACAACAACCCUUCCUUUCUCCUUCUUCCCUAAUAAUCCUCUCCAUUUCUCCAACUUCCCCUCACUCUAAUCUCACACCUCCAUUUCAUCACUUUCUUCCUCUUAAUUUUAUCCCACAUGGAUGAAGAUUUUGAUAUCCCUGCCGCCCCUGACAUGCCCGACGACUUGGAUCUUCCUGACCAAACUGUUCCUCUCAAGGUUGGUGAGGAGAAGGAGAUUGGAAAUCAAGGCUUGAAAAAGAAGCUUCUUAAGGAAGGUGAAGGAUGGGUUACUCCAGAAAGUGGCGAUGAGGUUGAAGUUCACUAUACUGGGACUUUGCUUGAUGGUACUCAGUUUGAUUCUAGCCGCGAUCGUGGAACCCCGUUCAAGUUUACUCUUGGUCAAGGACAAGUGAUCAAAGGAUGGGAUUUGGGUAUCAAAACAAUGAAGAAAAAUGAAAAAGCUCUUUUUACCAUUCCUCCUGAUCUGGCAUAUGGUGAAUCUGGCUCCCCACCAACCAUUCCUCCUAGUGCGACAUUGCAGUUCGAUGUUGAGUUACUAUCUUGGACAAGCGUUAAGGACAUAUGUAAGGACGGAGGAAUAUUCAAGAAGAUCCUAACUGAAGGGGACAAAUGGGAGAAUCCAAAGGACCUUGAUGAAGUGCUAGUAAAUUUUGAAGCUAAGCUAGAAGAUGGAACACUUAUUGCAAAAGCUGAUGGAGUGGAAUUCACUGUUGCGGAUGGUUACUUUUGCCCUGCACUUGCAAAGGCUGUAAAAACCAUGAAGUUAGGUGAAAAGGCACUUCUCACGGUGAAGCCACAAUAUGGGUUCGGGGAGAAAGGUAAAUCUGCCCGUGGCAAUGAAGGUGCAGUUCCACCAAAUGCAUCUCUCGAUAUUACUUUAGAGUUGGUAUCUUGGAAGACUGUUUCAGAAGUUACCCCUGACAAGAAGGUCAUCAAGAAAAUUCUGAAAGAAGGAGAAGGUUAUGAGAAGCCAAAUGAUGGAGCUAUUGUCAAAGUGAAAUUGAUUGGGAAGUUGGGAGAUGGCAAGAUAUUUUUGAGGAAGGGACACGAGGAUGGUGAAGAGCCAUAUGAGUUCAAAACAGAUGAAGAACAAGUGAUUGAUGGCCUUGACAAAGCUGUGGUUACUAUGAAGAAAGGUGAGAUAGCCCUGCUGACAAUAGCACCAGAGUAUGCUUUUGGUUCGUCUGAGUCACAACAGGAUUUAGCUGUAGUUCCUCCAAACUCAACUGUGUAUUACGAGGUUGAGCUGGUGGCUUUUGACAAGGAGAAAGAGUCAUGGGAUAUGAAUAACCAGGAAAAGAUUGAAGCUGCUGGUAAAAAGAAGGAAGAAGGAAAUGUGUUGUUUAAGUCUGGAAAAUUUGCCAGAGCUUCCAAGAGAUAUGAGAAGGCUGUGAAGUUCAUUGAAUACGAUUCUUCAUUUAGCGAAGAAGAGAAAAAGCAGGCAAAGGCAUUGAAAGUUGCAUGCAAUUUGAACAAUGCAGCGUGUAAAUUGAAGCUAAAGCUGUACAACGAGGCAGAGAAAUUGUGCACCAAGGUGCUGGAACUUGAGAGUUCGAACGUCAAGGCUCUCUAUAGAAGGGCUCAAGCAUAUAUCCAACUAGCUGAUUUGGACUUGGCUGAAUUUGACAUAAAGAAGGCUCUCGAUAUAGAUCCGAAUAACAGGGAUGUGAAAUUGGAAUACAAAACUCUGAAGGAGAAGGUGAAGGAGUACAAUAAAAAAGAUGCCAAGUUUUACGGUAACAUGUUUGCCAAAAUGAAGAAAGUAGAAUCUGCAUAAUACAAGGAGUAACCAGAAGAAGCAGUGGCAGCAUUUCAUACACGAGGCAGCCUGUCACUGCUAGGCCUGCGAGUUCGAUUCUCGGUUUGGUUUGAGGGAAGUAGAGUGGUUUUCCUUGUAUCUCACAGUAGUUUUAACUUGAGGUUGUGAGGUUUUAGAGUUGUGAACUAAAAUCAGUGAAUGGUUCCUUCUGGUUUCUAAGUGAGAUCAUAACACCAUUUUUAUUAUAAUUAAGUUGGCUAACUCCACCUCUUUUUAGACUUGACAACUGCAUUUACAUUGGACCAAUUUGCGAAUUGGCUAUUUGAGGAAGCCAGUCAUUAAAGGAAAAAUGUAUUCAGAUACGUCUUGGAUCCCCUUCAUAUUUUUGCCCUUGUUGAGGGGAAAAAAAGGUCAUGCAUCUUUCUACAA